AUGGCAUCGUCAUCUGCGGCAGCGGGGCUGCUGGCUCGCCAGCUUAAGCAAAUGCAAAACGACAAGAGCAUAUCGGGCAUAAGCUGCGGUCUAGUGGACAGCAAUGUGUUCGAGUGGGAGGUGAUGCUGAUGAUCGACGAUGAUACAAAGUUCUACGGAGGAGGGUUCUUCCGCGCGCGCCUCACCUUUCCCAGCGAAUACCCUCUUCUACCGCCAAAGAUGCGCUUCGAGACACCCAUCUUCCACCCCAACAUCUACCAAAACGGCGAAGUAUGUAUCUCGAUCCUACACCCCCCAGAAGAAGACAAGUACGGUUACGAAUCCGCCGCUGAACGCUGGUCGCCCGUUCAAACGCCCGAGACCAUCCUCCUCUCCGUCAUCUCCAUGCUGUCCAGUCCGAACGAUGAGUCACCAGCAAACGUCGAAGCCGCGAGCUUGUGGCGAGACAACACACCGGAGUUCAAGAAGAGGGUGCGGAAGUGCGUCAGGGACAGUCUGGAGUUUGAAUGA